AUGGGAGAGCCCGACAUGUCCAAUGGCCAGAUUUUGAAAUCGUACGGAAAGAAGUUAACUGAACUUUCACCAGAUGGUGUUUGCAUGUUAGGGUUUGAGCCAGUAUUAUGCCUAAAUAUACUGGUAAUUCAUCGUUUUGUAUCGGAUGUCUGCAGAAGUAAACUUAAAAGUUUUUGGUUACCUGCUCUAUUAUCAAACGAAAUUAGGAUACUGCAGUUUUCAAAGGAUUUGGCUUUAAUCGCUACAUAUUGA